ACACUGUUGAAGAGAGGACUGAGAUGAGAUGAAAGCUAUGUGAAGAGCAUAAUACUUUACUACAGUAAAUACAUUUAGUUCUUUUUCUCCAGGAAAUCUGGACUUUAGAUUGCUGCAAUUUCGACUUUGGCUGAAGAGAAAUGGAUCCUCUGAUUUCUAUAGUUCUGGUGGUGACAGCAACAGCAGCACAAGUUAGUGCCAUGGUCUGUAAUCUCUCUCAAGGGAAUGGAACUCACCAAUGCUAUGGGGCUUUGGGAGAAUCGUUGUCCUUACACCUUGGUUCACACAUUAGCAAUGACCAAAUAAGCUUGAAGAAAGGUGAUAAACGUGUUCUAAACUUCAAAAAUGGAGAAGACUGGAGAUCUAAAUUGCCUCAGGAUUAUAUGAAUCGCUCUCAGUUCAUUAAUAAUGGAACAUUCAGACUGGACAGAGUUAUAGAGGACGACUCUGGAGAUUACCAAUUGGAAAUACAUAAUUCAGAGGGAACAAUGAUGCUCAGAGUCAACAUGCUACUGGUGAUACAAGCCCCGGUGUCAGAGCCAGUGUUGUCUCACCUCUGUCUGCCUCAUGGAGAGACCGUGGUCACAUGCUCUUCAGAGGGAGAUGGUCUUCAGUACAGCUGGACCCUGAACAGCCAGAAUCUGACCAGGAGUGUAGCCUAUGACCACUACCAGAACAGUGUCAUCACGUUGAAGAGUGAUGUGACAGGAACCCUGACCUGUACGGUUCAGAAUAAAGUUAGCACCAGCAACUCUACUAUUGAUCUCCCCUUGGCCUGCCCAGUUGUCUCUUCCCAGUUUCCUUUUGUAGCUGUGACAGUGGCUGUGGCUCUGACUGUUGGAACUCUCACAUUACUUCUUGCACUGUUUGUCGGUAUUAACCAUCUACUCAAGAAACGAAGAUCCAGAUUUGAUACUUCAGAAAACGGUUAUGAGGGUGUUGUAUACACUGUUGUGAAAAUAGGCAAGCAAAGAAAUCCAGCAAGGAAGCAGAGGCCCCCAGCCACAGAGAUGGUGGAGUAUGGACAGAUCAAAAUGGCUGUGAACCCGGAUGUGGCAGCCAGCCCAUAGACUCAAGGGUAGACAUUUUAUCCACAUGUUGCUUUAUAAAGCAGAUAUAAGACAAGGGUUGACUGAACAUUAUGUGGAUGCAUUGAUUGAGUAGAUCAGACAGACCAUCAAACUUAAAGACUAGUGCCAAAUCAACACAACAAGAUGACAUCAUGCAUCGUGCAACGAAUGCAAGGAAGAUGCACUGCAUGUAGUUUUGAGUUUGUUAACAUAAAUAAUAAUCUAAUUUUGAAUUGUGAACAUUUCCUUCAAACUGAGCUGCAAUAUCAUACUGUAAAUGUAAUGCUUUCUUUCUUUUGAGGCAUCCAUGUUGUUGUACCAAUGUUUAUUUGUGUUCAAAUACUCAUUUACAAUUGUUAUAUAAUAUAUUGUUA